AUGAUUUUGAUUACGAAUCGACCUUUUGGCGUUGGAGUUGCAUCUCAAAACAAGGGCUCAGGGAUUUUUCUCCGCUCCCAGAAUACGUCCAACCCUGCGAUCUUGGAGGCCAUCGACCGUGGCGUAAUUCAGAAUGGCGAUGAAGUUUUUGCUAUUAAUGACCAAGUGUUGCGAAACGCAGAUACCAAGACCUUCCAGGAAAUGGUUCCGUCACUCUCGCUACCCGCUCGUUGCUGGUUUCGGACCAAGCGGAGAAGCAAAUCGAAUCAAAGCGCCCGUUCAGGCGAUGUCGGAGUUGUGUCUCUUGGUAUCGACUGGCCGUGGGUUUUUCUUAGGUCGGAUGGAAAGCUGGCAAUGAACCUGUUCUGGAAGUCACUCGAUUCAGCAUUUUUCGUCCGGAAAUUCAAUAAGCGCACAUUCUCGCAGCUUCAGGAUAAGGUGGAGGACAUGUCUGGUGUACGUUUGAAUAGUGCUCAUCCUGAGUACGAGCAAGUCCGAAACCUGCUGGUGAUGCCGCGACGUGAACGUGUGCCGGCGUACCUGGUUGAAUUCCGGAAAACGCGCAAGGAGAAACAAAAAUUUCUUUCGUCGGACAUUUUAAUGGGCGUAUCAGGCGAAUCAAACCAUGCCGAGUCAAAAGUGGAUGAACAAACUGCGAUAGCGGUGGGCACGACAGUGAAUGUUGCGAAGCGCACAUGGCCUGGAAUGAACAAGCUUGGCGGCGUUGGUCGGAUCAGGAAAGUGAACGAGGAGACGCGGCCAGACGGCACAAAACGAUUCACCUACAAUAUCGUUUACGUCGUCGCAGGUGGGUUUGAGAAGAACGUCGAGCGCAAAUACAUCAGUGUCGUUGACAUUGAUGCUGAAGAUUCCGAAAAGAAUGAGAGCGGCAGCUCGACUGCAACAAGCAGAAGGCAGAAGUCGGAGCCAGAGCCGGAUUCGAAUGAUGCAGACAAAGUUGACUCAAGCACACUAAGUGUUCGACUCGCUUUCGCUUUAAAUCGAACAGCAGAUGAAGAAAGGUUGGCCGCGCUGCCAGACGUUCAUGUUGAACACCCACCAAAGAAGCGGCGAUUCCAGCUGCAGUUUUCGACAUCGAAUGCCACCGUUCACUGCGAGAGGAUAGAUGAUGGGAGAAAUACUGAUUCGCAGGAGAUUGGGCAAUCCUCUUCCGCAAAGGAGCUUCUUCUGCAUCGCCAUUUCGACGUCAAGUUACCCGAAGCAGAGGCAUUGACGAACGAGUGUUUUUCAUCGGAGUUACUUCACAUUGAAGACCGUGUAUGCGAUGAAGUGGAUGAAGAUGAUACGGACAGCGAAGGCGAAGCGGAUGAAAUCAAGACUGAGCUGGCUACUCUCCAAAAUCAGUUCCGUGCUGUGAUGGAAGCAAAUGAAGCAGCGUUUGCCUCACUUAUGAAGAAAGUGGAGGAUGAAUACGCUUCGAAGGGAUACCGCCGUGAGGAACUGCAGCAUAUUCAAUGGCGAAACUAUGAGCGCAUGUACCAGGAACUCCAGACUGCAAGACGUCAGUUUGAUGACAGCGAUGACGGUAGUGAUUCUGAUAACGAGGGCUUGGGGGCUCGGAACAAGGCGGGCAGCGGUGAGGAGGAAGAAAGCGAGCCUGAGGAUAUUUCCUUUGGAGGGAUGUUUGUGAACAAGCUGAAACAAGAGGGCAGCGAAGUGUGCGCAUUGUGCGAACUGAGUGGUGGCGAUUUUACUGGGACAGAUGCGGGCUCUGUGGUGCAUCCUCAAUGCGCAAUGUUCACGCCCGAGACCUUCUUCAAAGAUGGCGUUGUGCACGGCAUCGACCUGGUGGACCCCGAACGUCGGAGGUUAAAGUGCUCCAUUUGCGGGGGCAAGAAAGGACUCAGCAAGAUUCAGUGCGCCAACCGGAAGUGUGUGCAGGCGUUCCACGUUGCUUGUGCUUUCGUGAACGGUCUUCUCACGAGGGAUCCCUAUUACCAGGCCUGGUGUCCUCGCCACCUGAAAACCUCUGGGAUGGGACAGUUUGUUGAGCUGCCAGAUCACUUAAACAAGCACGCGCAGUUAGGAGCAGCUGACGACAAAGACACGCCCAGUGCAACACCAGCAUCCUCCCCAGCUCGCCGCAACAGGAAGAACAGCAAGCAGCGGACAGCCCGGCAGAGGAAAGGUCGCAACCGUCAGGUCUCAACGCCCGCAGAAACUACCACAGCAGCUCGUGCGGAGAUAUCGUCGUCGAAGACAAAUCGAAAGCGCAAGCGGAAGGGUAGCAAUGCUAGCGUCCCCGCCAGUGAUCCCAGUGCAAAAAAUGCGGCUCGAGGAAGCCGAGGCGCCAGCCCCCGCAGCGCUAUCGUCAUCGAGGACCAGGAGCCUCGCUGUGUGAGGCGUCUUGACAUCGACGAGCUUAGUGAUGAUAGUGAUCACGAAGGCAAGGCGGUGGCGGCAUGGCAGCAAGGUCGUGAUUCACAGCACGUUUUCGCUGAGAACGAUGUUGUGGAGGUGCUAGCGCGUGAUUGGCGUGGUAUGAACAAACCUGGUGGCGUUGCUCGCGUGCGCGCGGUGGAGGUUGUGCCGAACAAGCAAGGCGGGAAAGACGUGCUCUACGACGUGAACUACGUCCUCGGGACGUACAAAGAGAAACGAUUGCCUGCCAGAUUCGUGCGCAGUCAUACAAAUUGA